UUUUAAAAUAUUUAAACCUUAUUACACUAACUUUAAUCAAACUAAUUCACACCAAAGAACUUAACUAACUCGACUAAAUCAAAAUUAUCUGAAUUUAAACAGUUUUAAUUGACGAUUUUAAACCAAACAAAAAAUUAAAGUGUUCGUAUAACUACUUGAUAUCCGAACUGAACUAAGCCGAAUCAAAUUAUGUUUGAUAGAAAUUUUCUUAGUUAAAUUAAUGGGCUACUCGAACUACUCCAGGAUAGAUAUAUACAAUAGAACCUCUAUAAAUUAAUAAUGUUAGAACUUUGAAAUUUUAUUAAUUUAUAAAGAUAUUAAUUUACAAAAGUUUCUUAUUUUAAGAUAUAUUUAUUCUAAAAUAAGAAAAAUAUUUGAUUUUAAAGUAUAGACAUUAAUUGUUAUUUUUAAAUAUGAUAUUUAUAUUAAUUUUAUUAUAUUAUUUUGGUGUAUAUAUUAUAUAUUGCAUAGAACUUAAAUGUAGUUUUAGAUAUAAUUUUACUAAAUUUCAUCAAAAUAUGUUAAGUGUUAAGAAAAUAUAACGAUAAUUUCGUUGUGAAUAUAAAACAAACAAUAUAAUAAUAGGUUCUUAUUUAAUAUAUAAUUUUAAUGCAAUCAUAUAUUUACAUAGAAUUUUCUAAAAUAUUAUUAUCUUAUUGUUUUAUUGAUUUAUGUCAAAUUUUGAACUGACUAAAUUGGAACCGGCGUAAUUUAUUAAUUUAUAGAGAUUAUUAUUAUUAAUUUAUAGAGGUUCUAGUGUGUAUGUAUUACAUUCUUUGUUAGAUCAAAAUUUUAGCUUUAUAUCAAUUUAAUAAAGUAGUUUGCCAAUAUAUGUAUAGAUUUGCUGGUCACAAGGAUUAGAAAGGAGAUUGGCGGUUGACAGUCUUUGAGAGUUUGGAUUGACCUGUGCUGUGACUUUGGAGGUAGAUACAAUCCCUGGAUAAAACACCCUUAAUCAAUCUUGACCUUAUGGUUAGUGGCCUCCUGGACCAUGAAAAUAGUGUCUAGAAUGCGCCGCUAAUCCCUGAACUUUUCUUUGAGGAGGAUGCAAAGGCUAUAAUGAAAAUCAAAUCUUUAACUAACUAAGAGGAAUAUUAGUGUUGGUUGCAUAACAGGAGUGGAGCUUAUACAAUGAAUUCAGGGUAUUGGCUUGCAUCCUAGUCAAAUCUGAAGAUGCAUUACAGGCUGACCAUCAGUGAACUGUCCAAGGGAACAAGCCUAUCUUACUCAUACAGAGCCUAAGAUCAAAAAAUUUUAAUGGCUAACUUUGAGUAAUGCAAUCCCGGUAGCUGAGACCUUAUUAGGAAGAGGAAUAAAGGCAGAUUUACAUUGCCAAUACUGUGGUAUGGAACCUGAAAUGGUCAACCAUGUUUUUUUCUCUUGUCACGUUGAUAGGCAAAUAUGGGCUCUAUCCCACUUUCCUUUACCUCAGAAUGGUUUUGAUGAGGAUCCAAUUUUAGUCAACAUCCAUUACUUGUUUCAGAUGGACAAGAAUAUUAAGGUUCCUCUUGAGGUCAGACGUUUAUUCCCUUGGGUUUUGCGGUUCACUAUGGAAAAAUAGAAACAAGUUUAUGGGAAAGCAUUUGAUGGAAGAGAUUGCAUUGCAAAGAUUAGGGAAGAAGCGAAUGUGUGGUGUCUUUUUUGAUCAGCAGGAAAAGGCUAAAAGAUACAGAAAAGAUGAGCUAACUCUCUUCUUUGUUUUUGGAUGAAACGAUAAGAACUUAUUGCAAAGGGAACUGGAGUGCAGAGAAUAUGGUUUGAAGAAAGAGAGGAUGAACAUCAUCUCCAGAGAACACCUCCGACUCCAACUUCUCCAUGUGAGGCCAUAUCUACACAAAAGUGAAGAUUCCUCAUUUUAUUAAAAAAUCUUAAGCUCUUGCAACAACAAAACACCCUAUUAAGUUACUUUACCUCCUUUGCAUAUUGUCUUGUAAACGCCGUGAGAUAGCCAAGUGUUGAUAAGCACCACUGUUGUCUCUCACCAAUCUCAGACCUUUUCUUUGGGUUCCCAUUCUCACUGUCAACCUCCAUCGCAGAUGAGUUUUCAUCUUCCGCACCUGUUGACAUUCCACCAGAAACAUAUUUAUGUAUUUAAAAUAUUGUGUUUAUAUUUCACAGAAUAUUAUGUAUUUAAACAUAUUUAUAUAUUUAACAUAUUUAUGUAUUUAAAAUAUUGUAUUUAAACUAUUUUCUUCUAGAAUUUUUUAUUUUAUUGUAUUAACACCACUUUCCUUUUUUCACGUAUGUUAAAACAUAAUUUAAUUAUUUUACCUAGAUAUUUGAUUUAUUUUGUAAAAUGUAGAUGCCUUAGUUAAGUGUAAAACAUUAAUAUUUUAAGUACAAAAAAAAUUAUAAAACAUUAUUUUUCAAAUACAAAAAUCUGGAUAGUUUAAAUACAGGCAGUUAAGUAUAUUUAAAUUAGAGAAAUAUUUAUCUAGCUUUAUUUCCAGUUCGUAACAACGUAUUCUAUAAGCUUAGACAUAGAAGAACUCAGACCCACAAUUAUUUUUUGGAUAAAAGUUAAUUUUGCUGUGUUUUACAAAACAUGUAACCUAAUUUCAACAUAUUUUGCAUUUAUUUUUCGAAAAAUUUCAAUAUAAUCUCUUUAAUUUUUUUACCAAUAAUAAAUAUCAUUAAUGAGUUUUGACUAAAAGGUACCAUGAGUAUAAAAUUUGACCAAAAAUAACAUUUGUGGUAUAAAACUGAAUAAAUUAUAAAUUCGACCAGAUUUACACACAACAUAUCAUGCAUUGCAUUGCAUUCAAUGAAGAAUGAAAUUUGAAAAACAUGAUUUAGUUAUCAAAAUAAAUGCAAAACAUGUUAAAAUUAGGUUACAUGUGUCGUAAAAAGGCAUAAUUAAAUUUUACUCAUGAAAUAUUGUGGGUAUGAGUUUCUAUGUUUAAGCUUUAAUUUUAGAAUAUUUUGUUACAUAACAUUAAAUAAAGCUAUAGCUUCUUUGUUUUAAAUAUACUUAACUACUUAUAUUUAAACUAUACAGUUUUUUUUUUGUAUUUGAAAAUAUAGUUCUUUUAUGUUUUGUUUCCAGUUAUAUAAAUAUUCUAAAAUCUUAGACAUAAAAACUAAUAUCCGCGAUAUUUUCUUGGGUAAAAGUUAAUUGUGUUGUUUUUUACAAAACAACAAAACAAGUAACAUAAUUUCAACAUAUUUUACAUUUAUUUCGAUAACUGAAGCAUGUUUUCUAAAGUUCAUUCUUCAUUCAAAUGAAAUGCAUAAUAGUUAUGUGUAAAUGUCGUCAAAAUGUGUUAAUUGUGCUGUUUUUUACAAAACAACAAAACAUGUAACAUAAUUUCAACAUAUUUUGCAUUUAUUUCGAUAACUGAAGCAUGUUUUCUAAAGUUCAUUCUUCAUUCAAAUGAAAUGCAUAAUAGUUGUGUGUAAAUGUUAUCAUUUUUUCAGUUUUAUACCAUAAAUGUUAUUUUAGUCAAAUUUUAAAUUCAUGGUAGAUUAUACGGUUUAGUCAAAAUUCAUUAAUUUUAUUUAUUAUUGGUAAAUAAUUAAAGUGAUUGUGUUGAGAGUUAAAUGUUUACUUGACAAAUUCAUAUAAAUAGAGCUUUUGUAAGGAUCUAUAUAAAUACAACAAUACUACUUUCCUCGAAAUCAAUACAUAUUCAAAAUAUAAUGGAUACUACAAAAGCAUCAGUAACUAUUUUCUUUGUAUUAGUACUGAUGAUUUCAUUCUCUAGCUACUGUAUUUUGGCCAAGCCAGAAAUCAAGAAAGCUAAUUAUCAAUGUAUUAAGCCGUGUUCGAGAUCUUAUGGAAAUAGGAUAUGUUACAACUACUGCACAGAUCACCACUUUGCUGGAGGACAAUGUGAUGUUACCAGAGGCGGGAAACUAUCACAAUGUUGUUGCUACAACUAUAAUAUAAAAGAUAAUACUUUUUGAAUAACAAUGAUUUAAGCAUUAUGUUUGUUUCUUUUAACAAACAACAGGUGAAAAUAUCACGAUGUUAUUAUUAUAAUAAAAUAAAGUUCUGCAAAAAAAUAUAAUAAAUUAAUAUAUCUUUAAUGUUUUUCCGCAUGGAGUAAUAUAAUUUUUUGUUUCAAUGUCUUUUUCCCCUAAAUCACCAGUAAUUUUUGGCCUUGACCCAAUUAAUUUCAACAGUAAAGAGAUCUCAGAUAAAUCGAUUUGUGUAUGUGAAAAAUGCAUACCAACUGCCAUUGAUGAAGAGGAAAUAUUCUUCAAGUUGUUGAAAUUAGUAGGUGGGAGUUUUGGGUCCAAGCCACAUUUGUAUCAGUUUAGAAAUAAUGAAAUAUUAAUGUAUAAAUAUUCUGAUAACUGAGGAUGUGAUCUUAAUUAUUCUAUCAAUUAAUCCAAGGAGAACAAUUGGUGGACGAUAACUGUUUCGAUCCCUGUUCGGAAACGCGCUAAGCGUUAGUCGGACGAUUGGAUUGGGCCUAGCACAUAGAAAGAAAAUCGGAGACUAAUCAAAAAUUAUACGGGGCAAAAUUUUUAGAUUGUUUAAUAUGUUAUAAAACAUAUUAAUUUUUAAUUGUGUAUAACAUUAAUACAUUUUUAUGUUUAAGACUGUAUAAACGCACAAAUAGAAUAUGUAAACUUAAUAUAGUGUAGUUUCAUCAGAAUUAUGAAUAUAAAUUAUAUUUAUCAAAAUUUAAAUCAAAUAAAUAGAUAAAUAAUAUUAUUAAAAAGAUAAAAUAUUAUUAAAAAAUAAAAUAAUGAUAAAAAAAUAGAUUAGGCGGCCGCCUAGACGGUUAGGCAGUCUAGACGGACAAAAAUUGAAUAUCCGAUUUUUAGAUCGAUUUGGUAUAAAUCGAGACGGAUGAGUUACGCCUAGCGAUUAGGCGGUUAGGCAUCCAAUUUUUAGAGCAGGGGUUUCUAUGGAGGUAGAAGUUUUUUUUUUUUUUUGCCAUCUGAUAGUAUUAAUAUUAAACAAAGAGGAGUUACAAAGCCUAGAACAGGCUCAAAAAACAUAAACCACCACCCAGGAACACGUAAACACCAUGUGCACUAAGGAGAGAGUGAAGGGACACGCAUCGAACGCAUAACUUCUUCUCCAUGCCUCCACCGCCAAAGCUUACGCCGAAACUUCCACCAUCUUCACCGAUUAAGACUUCAUCAGAACUAAACAACACCCACCAGAAACCUGUCGGGAACAGGAUCAAACGAACCACCCAUCUUCAAGACAUACACCUUUGUCACCUGUGUUUCAAACCUCGGAGAGCAUCAAUCGACAAUCGAAUCUCACCCGAAGCCCUAAGCAAACAAACACAGCAAGAAGAGUCUUUACACCACCAAUUUCACAGAAACCCAGAACGAACCACUAAUCUGUAAGAAAACCGAGAUCCCCAAAACCACCCACUUUUGUUUUUAGAGGAGAAAGACGGUAGAACUUUUGGCGAAGCCGGCGACGCAGAGCAUAGGAUACCUCCACCCCUCGGAUACAUAAGCUGGCGACGGAGGAGCUUUAGGAGUCUCUCCAUCCCAGAGUCAGAAUUCCGAUUAAAAAAAUUGGAGUCAAAAAGAAGACGAUAAAAUACGCAGAAAAAAGGAGAGUAAAUAUACCAAAAGCCAGACCGACGGAGGCUGUGGGAGCCCAUCCCGUCGACCGGAGAUACUAUUCUCGCCGGAAAAUUCGAGAGAAGACAGUGUUUGGAGAGGAGGUAGAAGUUUCUUUCUCACCAAAUUAUUCUACCAAUUAAUGCAUGUCAGCAUAAUAACCUUGUAUUUGUUUCUCAUGCGAGCUUGCAUCUCGAGGCGCUUGAAAAAUAGACUUCAAAGCACAAUUACAAUUUACAAUAUUUCUACUUUUCGUAGGAUAGCCACAUAGGAGGAGGCUCUGCUUUGGUAUUUCCACCGACUACCCACAUAACCUUUGUCCUACGUAAAGAUUCAUUCUCAUCAAGGAGUGUUCAUACAUUUGACCGAUGGAGUACCAAUUAAUCGGAAAAUAUACAGAGAUUGAUCAAGGUCUAGUUUUAGAAUUAUUAUAACUAUAUUUUUUUAAAUGAUUAUUUCAAAUAGUUUAUUUCAAGUUUUUGUUACCAAAAGAGCUUAAAAAUGACAAAAACUAUAUAUAUUAUUAAAACUAAAAUACCUUUUUAUUCUGUUUGAAAACGUGGAUAACAGUAUAAAUGAGAAUUAUUUGAAAACAUUGAUAGCAAUAUUUUUAAUAUUUCAUUUUAUUUACACAUUUAACCAUUGCAUUUAUAAUAAAUUAAGUACUUUCUUUUUGUAUUUCUUUUUAUAUACAGAUUCUGCCACUACAUUUAAAAUUAAUUUAAAUUAAUUAAUUACAAUUUCAAAACUCAUCUAACCAAAUUGAUAUUCAUAUAUUGACAAUUAUUAAUAUUAUACUAAUAUUAACUAAAUCGCAUGUAUCAAAGGGAUAUAAUAUUUUCCUAUAUUACAUCAAACUGCAUCAAAUUAUAAAAAAAAUUAAUAUAAUAUUAUAUACAAAUUAAAAAAAAUUAUUAUCAAACAUAUAUAUUAUAAAAUAAUAUAUUAUACUCUAUAAAAAUCACA